AAGACAACCAAUAUUACCAAAAGUAUAUAUCACAUCUUUUUGAUAAAUGCCUAACUCGGAGGUACUUCGCGAGAGUCGGGGAAGAAGCCCAUCGGCACAGAGAAAUGCCAGACCGGAGCGGCGCAGUAACGUUAGACCUGGAAGCUGUGCUACUCUGCAGCAAGAGAAACACCGGGAGAAGAGGCGGUCGUCGGCAUCUAGGCGAAAGAAACACAGUCACGCCAGGGAGAAAGAACCAUGGCAUAUGACAGGUGAACGGAGAAGCAUUCUCGAAAGAGAAGGUGAACCUCGGACUUCGGUGGAAUAUGACGACGUAAGUUCCCAAUCAGAACGCUUUUCUGGGAGCCCUUCACCUAAACCAGAUCCGCAUGGUCGGCUUUCGGCCGAUCGAUUUAGCAAAAUUGAGUUUACCGACAUCAACGGACCGAUAUCCCCAGAGAGAAGGUCUCGAAGAGACCGUGAUAUACUGCAUCUCAGGAAGGAUGACCAAACCAGUGGUUCAUCCGAGAGGAAUAGACAAAAGAAGGAACCGAAAAGAAAGGAACGCCAGAGCCGUGAGAGGGACUCUUUGAAAUCUCGUGGCGGAAGUAGCCUGAGUGCCACCAAAAACAACCGAGAUGGUUUGAGAAACAGUGACAGUAACGGCAAGAAGACCUCUACAACAUUGCCACCCAUGUCUUUGGAUAAAAGGGAGUCUAAUCGCCACAAAAGUAAGUCACGGUCUGAAAAGGAGCCCCUGUCUGCAUACAGGGAUGUACCACAAUCAUACCAAGAUGACCGUGAAGAACUCAGGGCCUCCAGAAGAAGUCCUGGUUUCAAGGCAGAAAGUCCACAUGGGACAUCUUAUUCAUAUGGAUACCAGUCUCCUAGUGGUAGUUAUAAUAACCAGUUUAUAUCUAGAAGAAGUCCCAGUUAUGGGAAGAAAAGGCUGUCCCCUAGUUCGACAUACAACAGCCGAGAUGCUGAGGUCUAUAGCGCCUACAACAUUUCAAAGUCGCCCCGUUCAUACUCAAGCAACAAAAGAAAGCGGUCUCCAACGAGCCCAUUCAACUGGCGCGGGUCUCCAACCUAUGGCCGACAUAGUCCAUUCGAACAGGGAGAACUAGUCUCAAGUCCCUAUGGUACCCAUCGGCGAUCACGAAGUCCAUACCGAAAGUCACUCAGCCCAAGUCCAGACAUAAGGUAAGCAAUCAAUCAGAUGGUACUGUACCUGUAUUAAAGUCAAGGAUAAUGCGCCUGGUAUAAUUUCAGGUGUCAAUUUUCUUAACUACCUGACUGUCUGAUUUGGACCAGUGUUUUAGCUACUCUUGUGUGAUCAUGUUCAAUAUUGUGUUUUAUGCCCUUUGAGUGCGGAGUUCAGAACGUGCCGUAAGCUCACUCCACAGCUAGCUUGAAAUGUUGCAAAUGGAGCCAUCCAAUCGGUACCCUUUGGGUGGCUCAACCCAUUGGAUUGUUGUCGUCUCCUGAGUGGCGCAGUGGUCUAAGGCACUGCAUCUCAGUGCUAACUGUGCCACUAGAGAUCCUGGUUCGAAUCCAGGCUCUGUCGCAGCCGGCCGCGACCGGGAGACUCAUGGGCGGCGCACAAUUGGCCCAGCGUCGUCCAGGGUAGGGGAGGGAAUGGCCGGCAGGGAUGUAGCUCAGUUGAUAGAGCAUGGCGUUUGCAACGCCAGGGUUGUGGGUUCGAUUCCCACGGGGGGCCAGUAUAAAACAUAUAUAUAUAUGUAUUCACUAACUGUAAGUCGCUCUGGAUAAGAGCGUCUGCUAAAUGACUAAAAUGUAAUGUAAUGUAAAAUGUAAGGAGGGCAGUUACAUCUGUUGCGAAGCAGAGCAUCACUGGUUCGAGCCUAGUAUGGGCAGUCGGACAGUGGAGGAGGCAAAGCUAUUAGCAGCACACUGACCUCCAUUACACAUACUGCCUCAUUAUGCAAAUAUGAUCACACAGAAGGCCUUAGUUUGGAAGAGAGGCCAUCUCCUUUUCAAAAUACAAGACUGCUCAAGACAGCAGAACGCUCACAACAGAUGGCCUACGAAGUGUUGAAUAAACUUGGCACAUGAAAGAAUGGAAACGGUGACAUUAACAGCAUGCACAUUUGGCUUAUCAAUAGUAAGGAAGUGCAUGACUGGUACUCUCAGUCAUGGGGCCACGAGGUGCUUCAAAUGCUGCCUGCCAUUGUAUCAGUACCCAAAUUUACAAGUGCAAUGUAUCUAGAUACCCAUAUUCCAUACAUUCUGACGUUUCGUGCUGACUAUAUCCGCAGGAGCCACUGGGAGACACCAGAGUUUAAAAAUCCUUUGCUUUGGUUGACUAAAGUUAUGCAACAUGAGCUUGAAGGGAUUAAAUGGGAAUGGUUACAAAGUUAAUAUUUUGAAUCAGCCAUUUUCAUAUUUUUAUUUACAAAAGUUUCAAUGGUUGAAAUAAGGCUACACAUUGGACUACGCGUGGCACCUCAAGGCUCCAGACUGCGACCAUUUAGUCGCAUUUUGCCACCCUUUGACUUGGCUGUGCGAGUUACAUUUUUAAUUGGUUGCAUCAGUGCGAGCUGCACAUUGUUUCGAGUGAGGUGACCAUAUACAAACACUUGCAUCUUUCAUAGCGAGCUAGUGAGGGAUGGCGAGGUGGGGAGGAGCACAGUCAGUGUGGGAAAUUAACUAUUUGGUCCACCAGGCAGCUACUGUGACAGGUAGAUGUAAAAAAAAAAAAAAAAAGAAUAAUCUACCAGCCGCAAAAAAAAAUGUGCAGCCCUAAUUUGUCUCUCUCCAUAUUUACACCAAAAAAUAAUUAUUAAUAAAACGGAUGAGCAUGCUUUCUAAUGUUUCUACAACAGGAAAUGUAUUACUAGUAAGAAGUAAUGGGGUAUCUUGCUUAAUUUCAUUUGUGACCUGUGCCUUUUAACCAAUGUAUAACUGAUAAACAGUUCUACAACUGACCAUCAAGAAUCAACAAAGUGCCUGCCCUGCCACAGAAUGCAGAGUGAUAUGGCGUAUUAUUUAUUUUAAACUGGGUGGUUCGAGCCCUGAAUGCUGUUUGACUGAAAGCCGUGGUAUAUGAGACCUUAUACCACGGGUAGGACAACAUAUUUAUGUCAGACUGUGAUGUCUUCACAGCAGAGUAUGUGAGCAGAGUUGUGCCGUCGGAAAUCCUGCUCAUUGUUCAUGGAGUGCUCCAGCAGUCCACUCUUUUCCAACCGCUCAGCUAAAAACUGCUCCAUGCUCACAGGGGAAAAAUUGCCACUCCAAAUUCGCUCUAUUCAUUAAAAUCACAAUUUAACCAACACCAAUCUUUUUCUGACUACCUGGAUCUACCAAGUAUUGAAACCAAACCAUGAAAAGCAUUUUAAUAAACAUGAAAAGGUGAAUGUAAGAAGCGCUCAUCAUUUCAAAAAGGCUAGAUGUUUUUUUUGUUUUUUUUUUAUAGGAAGGCCUAAAGGUUUUUAGGCAAAAUAACCCAAUUAAAACAGAAAGCUCCUUGAAAGGGGGAAUAUGCACACUUUUAAGAGAUCAGAUUUUUAGUUUAUAAAUACUUUGCUGCGGUGACACACUUAGGAACAAGGUGGGUAGCAAACUUUCUUUUAGCAUGUGCAGGUAGUAAGUACACACCAUCAUGCUUUCAGGAUACUUGUCUUUUCAGAUUCCACAAUGAUUCUUUAGUUGUGGACACAUCACUGCACUCUCUCUCUUGCUCUUGGUCAGUGGUGGAAAAAGUAGCCAAUUGUCAUACUUGAGUAAAAGUAAAGAUACCUUAAUAGAAAAUGACUCAAGGAAAAGUGACAGCCACCCAGUAAAAACUACUUGAGUAAAAGUCUAAAAGUAUUUGGUUUAAAAUAUACUUGAGUAUCAAAAGUAGAAGUAUAAAUCAUUUCAAAUUCCGUUAUAUAAAGCAAACCAGAUAGCAUAAUUUUCUUGUUUUUGAUUUACUUACAGAUAGACAGGGGCAUGCUCCAACACUCAGACAUAAUUUACAAACGAAGCAUGUGUUGAGUCCGCCAGAUCAGAGGCAGUAGGGAUGACCAGGGAUGUUCUCUUUUAAAUGUGUGAAUUAGAUACCUUUCCUGUCCUGCUAACCAUUUUAAAAUGGAACGAGUACUUUUGGGUGUCAUGGAAAAUUGAGUAAAAAGUACAUUUUCUUUAGGAAUUUGGGGAAUUAAAAGUUGUCAGAAAUAUAAAUAGUGAACUACAGAUACCCCAAAAACUAUGUAAGUAGUACUUUCAGAUAUUAUUACUUGAGUACUUUAUCAGUUUCUUCAUGAAAAUAUUUAGCAAACUCCAUGACAGUAGCUAAAGCAAAGGGCUAAAGCAGCACAGAAGUAGACUAAAAAUGUAUGCUGGGCCGGGUAUGCCCUGAGCUCGUGAAGUGAGCGAAAUUGGAGCAGGCGAGAAGGCCGAUGCUCCAGCCUUUGGGAAUCUCACGCCGCGCUCGAGUCAAAUUGGGCACGCUCCGCUCCGCUCACAUACUCUGCUUCCUAGCAGCAAGACAGCUGCAGCAAACUCAAACUAACAUUGAAAAACAACCUAUCAUUUGAACAAAACAAUGUAACUGGCCAAGAAACACGAGGACAAAAACAUACUUUAGUAGCCUUUCUUGUCAAUUCGACCAACUUCUACAUUUACUUUGCGGGUACUAUUUAAUGAAGCUGCCAGUUGAGGACCUGUGAGGAGUCUGUUUCUCAAACUAGACACUCUAAUGUAUUUGUCCUCUUGCUCAGUUGUGCACUGGGGUCUCCCACUCCUCUUUCUAUUCUGGUUAGAGCCAGUUGGCGCUGUUCUGUGAAGGGGGUAGUACACAGUGUUGUACGAGAUCUUCAGUUUCUUGGCAAUUUCUCGCAUGGAAUAACCUUCAUUUCUCAGAACAAGAAUAGACUGACGAGUUUCAGAAGAAAGUUAUUUGUUUCUGGCCAUUUUGAGCCUGUAAUCGAACCCACAAUUGCUGAUGCUCCGGAUACUCAACUAGUCUCAAGAAGGCCAGUUGUAUUGCUUCUUUAAUCAGCACAACCGUUUUCAGCUGUGCUAACAUAAUUGCAAAAGGGUUUUCUAAUGAUCAAUUGGCCUUUUAAAAUGAUAAACUUGGAUUAGCAAACACAACGUGCCAUUGAAACACAGGACUGAUGGUUGCUGAUAAUGGCUGUCUGUACGCCUAUGUAGAUAUUCAUUGAAAAAUCAGCCGUUUCCAGCUACAAUAGCCAUUUACAACAUUAACAGUGCAUUCAGUAUGUAAAUAAGGUAUCUGUAUUUUUUAUUUUUAAUACAUUUGCAAAGACUUCUAAAAACCUGUUCGCUUUGUCAUUAUGGGGUAUUGUAUGUAGAUUGAUGAGAAAAUAAUAUUUUAAUCCAUUUUAGAAUAUGGCUGUAACGUUUAUAAAAAAAAAAAAAAAAAAAAAAAAAGUGGGAAAAGUGCAGGGGUCUGAAUACUUUCCGAAUGCACUGUAUACUCUUCUUUAAAGUGAACUCUGGGGAGAGAAAAUUAGCAAAAUAUCUGUUCUUUGUAUUCACACUGCCCUUGCCUUUGAAUGAAGUCCUCUUUGCAUUCACAUUGCUAUGUUUAGAAAGGAACCAAGCUCUUUUUCCAACAUUCACUCAAUGCACUGUGGGUUUUUACAAAGUGCAGGACAAGCAAGCCAUUCCAUCAGAAUGUGUUAUCGGACAACUAGUGCAUUCAGAAAGUAUUCAGACCCCUUCACCUUUUCCACAUUUUGUUACGUUACAGCCUUAUUCUAAAAUUGAUUCAAUUGUUGUUUUUUACAUCAAUCUCCACACAUUACCCCAUAAUGACAAAGCAAAAACAGUUUUGUAGAUUUUUUUGCAAAUGUAUAAAAAAAUAAUUAUAUCUGAAAAUCACAUUUACAUAAGUAUUUAGACCCUUUGCUCAGUGCUUUGUUGAAGCACCUUUGGUGGCGAUUACAGCCUUGAGUCUUCUUGGGUAUGACGCUACAAGCUUGGCACACCAGGAUUUGGGGAGUUUCUCGCAUUCUUCUCUGCAGAUCUUCUCAAUGUCUGUCAGGUUAGAUGGGGAGCGUCGCUGCACAGUUAUUUUCAGGUCUCUUCAGAGAUGUUAGAUCGGGUUCAAGUGCAGGCUCUGGCUGGGCCACUCGAGGACAUUCAGAGACUUGUCCCGAAGCCUCUCCUGCAUUGUGUUGGCUGUGUGCUUAGGGUAGUUGUCCUGUUGGAAGGUGAACCUACGCCCCAGUCUGAGGUCCUGAGCGCUCUGGAGUAGGUUUUCAUCAAGGAUCUCUCUGUACUUUGCUCCGUUCAUCUUUCCCUCGAUCCUGACAAGUCUCCCAGUCCCUGCCGCUGUAAAACAUCCCCACAGCAUGAUGCUGCCACCACCAUGCUUCACCGUAGGGAUGGUGCCAGGUGUCCUCCAUACGUCACGCUUGGCUUUAAGGCCAAAGAGUUAAAUCUUGGUUUCAUCAGACCAGAUCAUCUUGUUUCUUAUGGUCUGAGAGUCCUUUAGGUGCCUUUUGGCAAACUCCAAGCGGGCUGUCUUGUGCCUUUUACUGAGGAGUGGCUUCCGUCUGGCCACUCUACCAAAAAGGCAUGAUUGGUGGAGUGCUGCAGAGAUGGUUGUCCCAUCUCCACAGAGGAACUCUGGAGUUCUGUCAGAGUGACCAUCGGGUUCUUGGUCACCUCUCUGACCAAUGCCCUUCUCCCCCGAUUGCUCAAUUUGGCCGGGCGGCCAGCUCUAGGAAGAGUUUUGGUGGAGGCCAGUGUGUUCUUGGGGACCUUCAAUGCUGUAACUCAACAUUAUCCUGUCUCUGAGCUCUACGGACAAUUCCUUCGAACUCAUGGCUUGGUUUUUGCUCUGACAUGCACUGUCAACUGUGGGACCUUAUAUAGACAGGUGUGUGCCUUUCCAAAUCAUGUCAAAUCAAUUGAAUUUAACACCGGUGGACUCCAAUGAAGUUGUAGAAACAUCUCAAGGAUGAUCAAUUAAAACAGGAUGCACCUGAGCUCAAUUUCGAGUCUCAUAGCAAAGGGUCUGAAUACUUAUGUAAAUAAGGUAUUUCUGUUUAUUUUUUAUUGUAUAGAUUUGCUAACAUUUCUAGACCUGUUUUCGCUUUGUCAUUAUUGGGUAUUGUGUGUAGAUUGAGGAAACAAAAUAAUUUAAUCCAUUUUAGAAUAAGGCUGUAACGUAACAAAGUGGAAAAAGUCAAGGGGUCUGAACACUUUCCGAAUGCACUGUACCUAAUUACAUUUUGGAAGCUAAUAGAUUGCAUUUAUUUAAAAGAUGAGGCAUAAUAAUUAAGGUAACUUUACACCUUUGCCCCUGCCAUAACCCCUCACGUUGGUGCCACGAGAGAAGAUGUGUAGGUUCGCGUAAAAACGUGUGCUGCUUUUGGAUAUUAAUUAGCAAUUGUCAAGGAUGCACAGAAAUGCCAAAAUAAAAUUAAAAAGAUUAUUGGUUUGUCCAUCUUGAGACUCAGGAGCCACUUCCUCAAAAUAGUCUGAAUUAAUCAAACUCAUCUGGCAUUCAUUUUGACGUUGUUGUUGAGAUAAAAAUAAAAAAAAAUGCUUCUCUCAUUGAAUGACAACAAACACUUCAUUAACCCUUAGCCUACAAUUACCGCAGCCCCGUGGAAAUCGAUUUAACGUAAUAAAAACAUCCCCAUCAAAAUCCGUCUGUUUAAGAUCAAGAUCUGUUUUUUGCAUGGGAUGCAUUUCAAUCCAUCACAUCCGCUGAAAUCGCCCUUCCGCAUCUACGGUGAAAGUUAGCAGAGCUAGAGCGGUGUUUGUCAGACCAAGAGAGAGCCUGAAAAUCGGUCUUCUCACAAAAAGGUCUGUAGCAUCCGAACGGUUUGGCCUACAAACUAUUAAGCUGAGACUCUCACUCUCACGGUGGUGUUCUCCGUUUUUCUCUAGGACGCCCACAAGCCUCACUUGUCUGAAGGUGCCCGGUACCAGUAAAAAAAAAAAAUAAUAAUGGAAGUGUAUACACUACCAGUCAAACGUUUGGACACACCUACUCAUUCAAGGGUUUUUCUUUAUUUUUACUAUUUUUUACAUUGUAGAAUAAUUGUGAAGACAUCAAAACUAUGAAAUAACACAUAUGGAAUCAUGUAGUAACCAAAGAAGUGUUAAACAAAUCAAAAUAUAUUUUAUAUUUGAGAUUCUUCAAAGUAGCCACCCAUUGCCUUGACAGCUUUGCACACUCUUGGCAUUCUCUCAACCAGCUUCAUGAGGUAGUCACCUGGAAUGCAUUUCGAUUAAUAGGUGUGCCUUCUUUAAAGUUAAUUUGUUGAAUUUCUUUCCUUCUUUAUGCAUUUGAGCCAAUCAGUUGUGUUGUGACAAGGUAGGGAGAGGUAUACAGAAGAUAGCCCUUUUUGGUAAAAGACCAAGUCCAUAUUAUGGCAAGAACAGCUCAAAGAAGCAAAGUGAAACCACAGUCCAUCAUGAAGAUAUGAAGGUCAGUCAAUACGGAACAUUUCAAGAACUUUGAAAGUAUCUUCAAGUGCAGUCGCAAAAACCAUAAAGCGCUAUGAUGAAACUGGCUCUCAUGAGGACCGCCACAGGAAUGGAAGACCCAGAGUUACCUCUGCUGCAGAGGAUAAGUUCAUUAGUUACCAGCCUCAGAAAAUGCAGCCCAAAUAAAUGCUUCACAGAGUUCGUCACAGACACAUCUCAACAUCAACUGUUCAGAGGGGACUGUGUGAAUCAGGCCUUCAUGGUCGAAUUGCUGCAAAAAAAACAUAUGUUAGCUUAGAAUCUAUGUCAUCACGCACAGCAUUUUAUCCGCAACAAGUCAAUUUGAUGAAAACGCAUCUCUGGUGGGAAAAUACGCAUAUUGUCUUUUACGCUGAUUUAAAAUACAUAUAUAUAUAUAUAUAUAUAUUUUGCAUAUAUCUGUGGCCAAUUGGAUGGAAACCUAUAUUUGUGAAACACAUUACUACAACUGUUUUACUAGAUUGUGAUUAAGGUUGUAAUGAUGCCUUUAAUGGCACUGAAUAUGUAAAUUGCCAUUACAGUAGUCUGCUAGAAUAGCACUAGGUAGACAUUAUGCACCUUUUUAAAUGAGAACUUUUCUCCUGUGAUAAAGAUUCAUCAUACAACCUGUCUCUCCUUUCUCCAGGCGAUCUGGCAAGUCUCGAAGCAGGAGCCCGUAUUCCGCCUUGAGGCACUCCCGCUCGCGCCACCGCCGCUCUCGCAGUCGGCCCUCCAGCCUCUCCCCCAGCACCCUGACCUUCAAGAGCAGCCUAGCGGCCGAGCUCAGCAAGCAGAAGAAGGCAAAAGCUGCCGAGGCAGCAGCCCGGGCCAAGAGCUCCAGCAACGCCUCCACUCCCACCAAGGGUCCCUCUGCAGGCUCCCACCAGCCCAGCCCCAAGGCCAACCACGUCACCAAGAAGGGCUGGCCCCCUUCCCCUCCGCCCCCCGAGAAGGGUCCCAGGACCCCUGUGUCGAGCCGGCCCCAGUCCCCCACAGACAGGACCUCCAAGAGGAGCACAGAGCCCCCUCAGCCCAGCAGGGACAGAGAGCGGGAUAGAGAUGGUAAGGGGAAGGAUGACCCCUCGGUGCAACGGGACAAGAGGAAAGCACCAGCAUCCGGACAGGGUAAAGAGAAGGAGCGAGUAGCUGCUCCGACCGCCUCUACACUGACAUCUCUACACCUGCCCCCGCACGUCCUCCAGCACUUAGAUGGAGCGGACAGGUAAAGGGAAUGUAAUAGAAUGGAGCUUUUCUUAUCAUUUUUAUCACUCCCCCUCUCUGUACUGUUCCAUAGCCUAACUUUUCAUUCUCUUCUCUCCCCUGUGCAGCUUGAAGGACAUCUUACCGUCGCUCUCAGGGAAGAAGCCAGCAGAGCGUCAGAAGGCCCACCACCUCCUUACCGAACUGCCCCUUCCUCCUGAGCUCCCCGGAGGCGGCGCCUCCUCCCCCCACAGCCCGUACAACGAGAAGAAGACCACCGCGCUUCACCGCCGGCCCAAGUAUGUCUGGGCCCCUUGGCCUUCCGUGUCUGCUCUGUGGAAUCAUUAUACUCACCUUACAUCUUCCAUGUCCUAUGCUCCUUGAGUCUCUACUGCCUGGUGUUGACCACCACUGCUUGACCUAAUCUCUUGUUGGUUUGUUUGUCUGUCUCCCAGGAUCUGCGGCCCACGUUUUGGGGAGAUCAAGGAGACUGAGAUAGACUGGGGGAAACGGUGCGUGGACAAGUUUGAGAUCAUCGGCAUCACGGGAGAGGGCACCUACGGCCAGGUGUACAAGGCAAAAGACAAAGACACAGGUGAGGACCACUGAAUGCUUGCUUCGCUCAACAUUUCAUGUAGAUCAUAUGGCGUAGCCUACUUUCCUUGUAGCUCAUAUUAUAAUUAUUAUUUUACUAUCAACAUUUGAAAGGGAAAACUCACUCUACUCAAAAUGGAAGUCUCUCUAUGCCCAGUGUAUCUAUGUAUGAACAUGUCUUUUAUAAUAUACUCUGCCUUUUAUCUCUAUCCCCAUGGUGUAGCUGAGAUGGUGGCCUUGAAGAAGGUGCGUCUGGACAACGAGAAGGAGGGCUUCCCUAUCACCGCCAUCAGGGAGAUCAAGAUCCUCCGGCAGCUCAACCACAAAAGCAUCAUCAACAUGAAGGAGAUAGUCACCGACAAGGAGGAUGCCCUGGACUUCAAGAAUGACAAAGGUCCAUAUGACAAACCCACUGUAUUACCAUGUCCACACUCCAUUCCCUACAUAGUGCACUACUUUUGACCAGAACCCUAUGGGACCUGGUCAAAAGUAGUGCACUGUAGGGAAAAGCAUUUGGGAUGCUGCCCAUGUGUCUGCUUUAUGUUAGUCCAUGCAUCCGUUUCCCUUCUAUAUGAUCCAUCCUCCUCCUACAGGUGCAUUCUACCUGGUGUUUGAGUACAUGGACCACGACCUGAUGGGCCUCCUGGAGUCGGGCCUGGUCCACUUCAACGAGAGCCACAUCAAGUCCUUCAUGAGGCAGCUGCUGGAGGGCCUCCACUACUGCCACAAAAAGAACUUCCUGCACAGGGACAUCAAGUGCUCCAACAUCCUGCUCAAUAACAAGUGAGUGCUCCUCAGGAUAGCUAGCCUGCUGGUCCCAGAUCUGUCGGUGCUGUCUUGUCCGCUCCUAUGAUCAUUGUCACGCCAAAGCAUAAGCAGAUCUGUGGCCAGGCUAGAGAAUAGCCAACGUCAAAGAGAACCUAUUUCUAUACACUGCGGUGUCUGACAGAAAGGGUUUGGAAGUCAAGUUAAAGCAGUGUUCUGUUCUCUCUGCCAGGGGUCAAAUAAAGCUGGCAGAUUUUGGACUGGCUCGACUUUAUAACUCUGAGGAGAGGUAAGUGUCCCGAUAUGACUUACAGUUGAUUACUGCCCGUAGUUAUUGCCUUUUCAGAUGUAUUACUGUAUAUAUGUUUCAUCAAGCGUAUUGGUCUCAACUGUGUUUUGUUGUGGAUUACCGUAUUUUCCGCACUAUAAGGCGCACUGGACUAUAAGCCGCAGGUGUUUUAAUGUUUAAUUACCAUAUGUAAGGGUUCGUGCACAGAGGGGAUUGUCGGGAAAGAGACAAACUGUCUCGCUCUCGUAAUGUCUGUCUGUCUUGCUCUCGUUCUGUCUCGUUCUGUCUCUCGUACCACUCUCGGUUCCACUUUUACUUUUGCGCCCUACCUGUCUCACUCUUUUCCGGCCUCCAGCUUUUCCUGCUGGAGCCCACCGCUUAAAGGUGGGGGGCGCGGACCGGUCAUAGAGCCCAUAGAGUUAAAGUUGGUGGACUGUAACCUGUAAAAUCCAUAGAUUUAGGAGGUCUUCUAGUGGCCGUUAGCUGUAAAAAUCCAUAGAUUAGCCGCACCGUUAUAUAAGCCGCAGGGUCGAAAAAUGGGGAAAAAAGGCGCGGCUUAUAGUCCGAAAAUUACGGUAUAUUAUUGACACUGAUGUAUUUGUCAUUUUUCUGUCCCCGUCUUAUAGCCGACCGUACACCAACAAGGUGAUCACCCUGUGGUAUAGACCCCCUGAGCUUUUGCUGGGGGAGGAGAGGUACACACCUGCCAUUGACGUGUGGAGCUGCGGGUAAGAGACACAUACAGUGGGGAGAACAAGUAUUUGAUACACUGCCGAUUUUGCAGGUUUUCCUACUUACAAAGCUUAUAGAGGUCUGUAAUUUUUAUCAUAGGUACACUUCAACUGUGAGAGACGGAAUCUAAAACAAAAAUCCAGAAAAUCACAUUGUAUGAUUUUUAAGUAAUUAAUUUGCAUUUUAUUGCACAACAUAAGUAUUUGAUACAUCAGAAAAGCAGAACUUAAUAUUUGGUACAGAAACCUUUGUUUGCAAUUACAGAGAUCAUACGUUUCCUGUAGGUCUUGACCAGGUUUGCACACACUGCAGCAGGGAUUUUGGCCCACUCCUCCAUACAGACCUUCUCCAGAUCCUUCAGGUUUCGGGGCUGUCGCUGGGCAAUACGGACUUUCAGCUCCCUCCAAAGAUUUUCCAUUGGGUUCAGGUCUGGAGACUGGCUAGGCCACUCCAGGACAUUACAUUACAUUACAUUAACGUCAUUUAGCAGACGCUCUUAUCCAGAGCGACUUACAUUAUUUUUUAUUAUUUUUUCAUACCCCCUGUGGGAAUCGAACCCACAACCCUGGCGUUGCAAACACCAUGCUCUAUCAACUGAGCUACAUCCCUGCCGGCCAUUCCCUCCCCUACCCUGGACGACGCUGGGCCAAUUGUGCGCCGCCCCAUGGGUCUCCCGGUCACGGCCGGCUAUGACAGAGCCUGGAUUCGAACCAGGAUCUCUAGUGGCACAGCUAGCACUGCGAUGCAGUGCCUUAGACCACUGCGCCACUCAGGACCUUGAGAUGCUUCUUACGGAGCCAAUCCUUAGUUGCCCUGGCUGUGUGUUUCGGGUCGUUGUCAUGCUGGAAGACCCAGCCACGACCCAUCUUCAAUGCUCUUACUGAGGGAAGGAGGUUGUUGGCCAAGAUCUCGCGAUACAUGGCCCAAUCCAUCCUCCCCUCAAUACGGUGCAGUCGUCCUGUCCCCUUUGCAGAAAAGCAUCCACAAAGAAUGUUUCCACCUCCAUGCUUCACAGUUGGGAUGGUGUUCUUGGGGUUGUACUCAUCCUUUUUCUUCCUCCAAACACGGCGAGUGGAGUUUAGACCGAAAAGCUCUAUUUUUGUCUCAUCAGACCACAUGACCUUCUCCCAUUCCUCCUCUGGAUCAUCCAGAUGGUCAUUGACAAACUUCAGACGGGCCUGGACAUGCGCUGGCUUGAGCAGGGGGACCUUGCGUGCGCUGCAGGAUUUUAAUCCAUGACGGCGUAGUGUGUUACUAAUGGUUUUCUUUGAGACUGUGGUCCCAGCUCUCUUCAGGUCAUUGACCAGGUGCUGCCGUGUAGUUCUGGGCUGAUCCCUCACCUUCCUCAUGAUCAUUGAUGCCCCACGAGGUGAGAUCUUGCAUGGAGCCCCAGACCGAGAGUGAUUGACCGUCAUCUUGAACGUCUUCCAUUUUCUAAUAAUUGCGCCAACAGUUGUUGCCUUCUCACCAAGCUGCUUGCUUAUUGUCCUGUAGCCCAUCCCAGCCUUGUGCAGGUCUACAAUUUUACCCCUGAUGUCCUUACACAGCUCUCUGGUCUUGGCCAUUGUGGAGAGGUUGGAGUCUGUUUGAUUGAGUGUGUGGACAGGUGUCUUUUAUACAGGUAACGAGUUCAAACAGGUGCAGUUAAUACAGGUAAUGAGUGGAGAACAGGAGGGCUUCUUAAAGAAAAACUAACAGGUCUGUGAGAGCCGGAAUUCUUACUGGUUGGUAGGUGAUCAAAUACUUAUGUCAUGCAAUAAAAUGCAAAUUAAUUACUUAAAAAUCAUACAAUGUGAUUUUCUGGAUUUUUGUUUUAGAUUCCAUCUCUCACAGUUGAAGUGUACCUAUGAUAAAAAAUUACAGACCUCUACAUGCUUUGUAAGUAGGAAAACCUGCAAAAUCGGCAGUGUAUCAAAUACUUGUUCUCCCCACUGUACAUUGAGUUGACAUUUGAUUUGGUGUUUCACUGGCUGAUGAGAUUCAUGAUUCUUGAACCAAGGACAGAUGAUGGUCAUGGUUCUAUAAAGAGGAUCAUGCAUUCACCCUGUUUUUGUCUGAAAUCCAGAUGCAUUCUGGGGGAGCUGUUCACAAAGAAGCCCAUUUUCCAAGCCAACCAGGAGCUUGCCCAGUUAGAGCUGAUCAGGUACGUUGUGGUCAGAGGAAAAGGGUACUAUAAAUCCGUCAUUGUCUUAUCCUCAGUAUUCCUUUAAAGAUUCACUAUUAAGAAAUUGCUCUGUCAUUUCCUGCUUGCUAAAAUUCUAAUAAUUCGCCAAAUUUCAGUUUGUGACAAAAAAAGCAAAUAUAGUCCCUGGAGAGCUACCGUCCUGUAGGUUUUUGGCCCAACCCUAAUCUAGUGCACCUAACUCUAAUAACUAGCUGGUUGAUAAAGCUGAAUCAGGUUAGUUACAACUGGGGUUGGAGCGAAAACCUACAGGAGGGUAGCUCUCCAAGGGUUGGAGAGCCCUGGUAUAGAGAAUCAUUAUACCAUCUAAACCGCUGUGAAAUAUUGUAAUUUCAGCUGUUUGAAGCUGGUGUACAAAACUGAUAGUAAAAGACGCAAAAACAACUUUAAAACGAGAAGCAUAGAAAUGGCACACAUAGAACAGAUCUACCGCUUCUUAGACUUGCUUUCAAUGAGUGACAGAUCUAUAACUCACAUUUCCAUGUGAAUUGUGUCAGGUCGCCCAAAAAGUUAAGAUAUUGCAGCUUUAACUGUCUGAAAGACUUUCAGCUAUCUCGUUUGACAGUCUUCCUGAUAGGACACAAUAUUCAACUCUAGCCCAAACUGAUGGCUUCUCUCCCUUCCAGUCGUAUCUGUGGCAGCCCCUGCCCCGCCGUGUGGCCAGACGUCAUCAAGCUGCCCUACUUCAACACCAUGAAACCAAAGAAACAGUACCGCCGGCGGUUACGAGAGGAGUAUGCUUUGUGAGUCCAUCAGCUUGUUUGAAUUCAGUAAUUGGGGCUCAUCAUUGGAGUAUGAAAAUAAUACAUAGCAUUAUCCUUUGGCUGUGUUUGACUAACCACUUGGUCUUUCUCUCUGGUCAGUAUUCCACCCUCAGCCCUGGACCUGUUUGACAACAUGAUGUCCCUGGACCCCAGUAAGCGCUGCGCGGCUGAGGCGGCACUAAGCAGUGAAUUCCUCAGAGACGUGGACCCAACCAAGAUGCCCCCACCAGAGUAUGUUUGGCAAAAGACGUUUCACCUCCAGUGUCUGUGAUCCAUCACUGUAGAAUAUAUAUUUUUCAUGAUCCACACUUUGCUCGGCUUGUUACUUUAUUACCCUCAACAUUUUGUCUCCUGUCCUCCUCCCCAUCGCUCUUCUCCAGUCUCCCCCUGUGGCAGGACUGCCACGAGUUGUGGAGUAAGAAGCGGCGGAGACAGAAGCAAAUGCCAGAGGAGCUGUCUGCCCUCAAGGCCCCCCGUAAGGAGCUGGGGCUGGGAGACGACAGUCGUAGCAACACCCCCCAGGGCUUCCCUCUGCCCGGGGGGCUCAAAGCCCAGCCUGUGGCUGCCUCGGCCCUGCUGGGUGAGUGAAUGGGUCUCUAGUCUAGUACCGCAACGUCACCCCACCAUACUUGCCUCAUGCCUUGUCAAUUACACACUAACAACAACUUGGAGUGAAUUAAGAGUUACUUUUUAGUAAAUCACGUUUUUCAUAUUUCCUUUGUCUCCCGUAGACCCAAAAGGUCCCAACUGCCAGCUGACCCAGGAACAGCUGGCGGUCCUCUUCAAGCUGCUUGGCCAGUCCAAGAGCGCUGUCAACCCGGCCCAGAUCGCUACAGUCAACUCUGAGACCCUGCAGCAGCUCUCCAAGGUCCUGCCACCAGCGCCCUCCGACUCCAACCGGCCCCCGGAGCUACCCCCUCCGCCCAAGCCCCCUCAGCUGGGUGGAGUGCCCCCCAUGCCCAAGCCCCCAUCACCUCCUCCGUCGUCGGUUUCGCAGGGGAAGCCUGAAGGUGAAGCGUCGGCAGCCACCCAGACGGCGGUCACCAUGCUGCUGGCCCAGCUCCUCCAGGCCCAUCAGAGGCAAGAGGCCGGGGAGGAGGCAGACGGCAGCAACCCACCAGCAGGAGGGCCUCGGCCACCCCCUGAGCCCAAGCAGCUCCCAGAGCCCAUCCCUGUCUCACCAGGUAACUACACUCAUAUAGAGAAUAUAGUGAUGUAUUUAUAACCACAUUUCUGCUAGUAUUCCACUGUUGUUACCAUCCAGUAGGCUUAUCUGUCUCUAAUUUCUAUACACAAUGAAUUUAAUGUUGGAUAGAACUCCAACUAGAACUAUCCCUUUGUAUUGAACUAACAUCAUGUCUUGUGGUUUUCCCCCUUAGUGUCCGAGGGGAGUGGAGUUUCUUCCAGACCCAUCCUACCCCCUGACCAGAGACCCCCUGAACCACCAGAGCCCCCUCCCCGCAGCGAGGACCUGGACUACCGGCAGAAGAUGGAGCCCAAGACCGGCCACCUGCCACCCAUGCCGACCUCAGGUGGGGCCGGUGAGGGAGGAAGGCUCCCGGAGCAAGUCUACUCACCACACCCCGGCGCAGAAGGACCGGGCUAUGGCGGUGACUACAGCCGCCCACCCCCUCCACCCUUCCCUCCUGCAGGUUUUGGCGACAGCUACAUGGGCCACAUGCUGGGGGGUGGCCUGCCCCCCCACGCCCUAAGGGAGGUGUUCAGCAGCAGCGCUCCAACCCCCGGCUCGUCCUCGGCUGCCGGUUCCCUGGCCCCCUCGCUCCAGGAGCCCUACCCUUUAGGCACAGGGGGAGGUAGAGGUGGCAGUAGCAUGGUGUUCAGCGGGGACAAAGACCACCGUUUUGAGUACAAUCACAGCCCCUCCUUGCCUGGGGAAGGGCAGCUCAACCCCAACCAGCAUCCAUCUCUACAACCAUGCCACCCCUCCCCCGCCCAUCCCACCUCCGGGCCAGUCCUGGGGCUCACCUUCCCAGGCCGGGGCCCCACCUAUGCCCCUCGGCUUCAACCCACAUGUGAACUCAGCAACCAUCCGAGGACGAGGCCUCCCCUUCUGAUUGGCUGUGGCAUAGUGAACGGGGUGGGGUGUGACGAUGGAAACGCCCCAGACUUGAGGACUCAAAAGGAACUGAGCCCAAACCCUCUCAGGCUAGACCAGAAGUAUCUAGAAAUGCGCACUUGAUUUGUAAUAAUUUAAAAAAUCUGUGUCAAGCAUUGUAUUCCUACUUUAUCUGGAAUGUGGGUUAUGUUGCAGAAGGAGGGGGGUUGAAUAGAGGGGGCUUUUCUUGCUCAUACCAUUUUGUACUGUUUUUUUUUUUUUGU